AGACUGCGUGUGCGUGGAACCUUCUCCACUCCAGCUCGGGGCGGAGCGAAAAUCCGGACGCUUCCGCUUCAAGCGUCUAUUCCUCUUCGAUUGCGGUCCGGGUCAGGUGUAGUGCACGGGAGUCGAGCAGCCGAGAGGGCCAGCCGAGUGAGAUGGGUGGAGUACAGGACGGGGAGCAUCCCGCCGUCGGAUUGUUCCGGGAGUAUCUGAGGAUCAGGACGGUGCACCCUCAGCCGGACUACGAUAGGGCCAUUGAAUUCCUUGAGAGGCUUGGUACGGAGCUGGGUCUUCUCUGUACGAAGAUUGAGGUCAGUCCUGGCUACAGAAUCCUCAUUCUCACCUGGGAGGGGACUGACCCCAAGCUGAAAUCUAUCCUCCUCAACUCCCACAUGGACGUGGUUCCGGUGUUCGAGGAGCACUGGAAGUUUGAUCCAUUUUCAGCCCAGAAGGAUGAAGAAGGGAAUAUAUAUGGCCGAGGAGCUCAGGACAUGAAGUGUGUGACCAUUCAGUACAUUGAGGCAAUUCGAAGGUUGAAAUUAGAGGGCAGAAGGUUUCCGCGGACAAUUCACCUGUUGAUGGUUCCUGAUGAAGAGAUUGGGGGUUUCAACGGAAUGGAUAAGCUGAUUAAGCGUGAGGAGUUCCGGGCAUUGAAUAUUGGGUUUGCACUUGAUGAAGGUUUGGCCAACCCUGGUGACGCCUUCACAGCAUUCUACGGCGAAAGAAACUUGUGGUGGGUAACAGUGAGGUGUCCAGGUAGUCCAGGACAUGGGUCUCGCUUCAUCGAGAACACAGCAGGAGAAAAGUUGCGUCGAGUUCUCAAUUCAUUCUUGGACUUCAGGGAGAAAGAGAAGAAGAGGCUCAAUCAGAGUGCAUGCCUGACCCUGGGAGAUGUCACCACCAUCAACCUGACCUCCUUAAACGGAGGCGUGGCCUUCAACAUUGUCCCUGAUGAGCUAACAGCCAGCUUUGACAUCCGGAUCCCUCCCACUGUAGACCUCAAGGCAUUUGAGGAGCAGAUGAAGGAGUGGUGCCAGGAUGCAGGGGAAGGUGUUCUCUGUGAGUUUUUUCAGAAAAACAUGAACAAGGAGCUGACUUCUAUCGACCAGUCGGAUCCGUGGUGGAGCGCCUUCAGUAACGCUUGUCUCCAGAUGGGCAUGACUGUGAAAACUGAGAUCUUCUCUGCAGCCACCGACAGCCGAUUUAUUCGGGAGAUGGGAUACCCAGCGAUCGGCUUCUCCCCAAUGAACCACACACCGAUCCUGCUGCAUGACCACAACGAGCACCUCAACGAGAGGGUCUUCCUCACCGGGAUCGACAUCUACUCCAACCUCAUCUCUGCCCUCGCCCAGGUCCCAACCCUCGCAGAGGAGGCCUGAGGGAGCAGGACUCACUACACGCUCAACUCCACCCUUCCUGUUCACCCUCCUCCUCCUCCCCCCCAGUUCCCUACCCCACUCCCCCUCCCUCUCCUCCUCCCUCUCCUCCUCCCCUUCCUCCCCUUCUCCUAUCCCACCUCCUACUACCCCAUUCUCCCGAGCAAACUCUGCACACUGUAUUACCUCACUUUGACACUCUCAGGCUCAUUAGAUUUACCAUUAGGCCUUCCUCUGGCCCAUGAAUUGUCUCCCACUUCUUCUCUCUGUCCAGUCAGCUGCCUUGAGCUCAGGGAAACCUUUAUACAUUUUGAAACUGAAACUACCACCAGGCUCCUCCAGCAAGGUUUCACAUGACCCAGCAAACAACGGGCCUCCAACAAGAACUCCAGGUGCUAGGGCCAGGGCCUCUGCUUGGUGCAGGAGGUUGUGCCUUUACCACAGGGUCCCUCUCUAGCAGAGCAGCCCCUCUGCCAGUCCAGUGGAGAACUCUGGAUCAGGGGCAGAGUGGCCAGGAAAACCCCAAGAACCCAGAACUGCUCGAAUUUUUGGAGGUAGGGCUGGUGUAACUGUGGUAGGUAGCCUUACCCUGCCCCACCUUUUUAUACCCUCCUGAGGGGAGGACCAUGUCUGGGGAGAGAUGAAUCUGUGAAACCCCCCCCCCCCAGAGGAAGAGGGCUGUGUCUGUCAUCCCACCCCCCAGAAGAGGGCUGGGUCUGUGACCCCCACCCCCAGAGGAAGAGGGCUGGGUCUGUGGACCCCCCCCUCCCCCAGAGCAAGAGGGCUGGGUCUGUGGGAUGCCCGGACCCUCACAAUUCAGCCAAUGGAAGCAUUGUCACUGUAAGCACCGACUCAGUUGGCACCCGUAGACCUCUCCGCCAUCCACUAGGUACGUCAGGAUUGGAAUGGGACAUUCCGCACUUGCACACUCAAAAAGCUCGACACCGUUCAAGACAGAACAGUCACUCGAGUGACUCUUCAUCCACAACCGUCACGUUCCUUCCCUCCGCCAAGACUCAUAGAGACUGCAGUGGGCACCAUUCACAGCUUGCAGUGGAAUUGUUCACCCGUGCUAGUCCGACUGUGCCUCUCAAUCCCGGCUUGUGGGAUUCCCGUCCACCACGGCAGCACCUGUCCUAGUCACAUGUCGUCCCAACUGCUCCUGGGAUUCCCUCCUUACAGCACUGGGAAUACCUUCAGCGAGAGGCCAGCGGUGGUUCCCAAAGAAACCUUGCAGAGAGAGGGGAUGCAGGUCUCGCUAACAGUGCCUGGAAGGAAAAGGUCGGAUUGUGGAAAGGUGGGGCUCCCAGAGACUGGAGUGGAGCUGCAAAACUCUGAAUGUGUUUUCUCAAGGCCGUAGAAAUAAGAAAACAUUGUGUUCUUCCAAAAUGAAGCACUGUGCAGCAUAUACACCGUA